GUUAUUACACAGCAGAUGGGAUGCGGUUCAUUUAUUUAAUUCCAUUCACCACAAAGAUCCACGGCGCUAUGGUUGUACAAGGGGGGAAAUCAAUGGGCGCAGUAAAAAAUGGAUUGAAGUUCGGGGCAAUUAAGAGUGUGGCGCAACGCCUGUGUGAGCAUAUUUUGAUGACUUAUUAAUAUGAUCAAAUAACCAAAGCCCUCUAUUGUGGAAACUAUCGAUCCGAUUGAUUAGUAAUAAACUUGAUUGAAUGGGUGGACUCUGCAGGACGACAGUGGCGCAAUUAGACGAUGAUUUGGUGCGGGCGGGUUGAGCGGACUCGAUGUCUGAAUUACAUAUGUUUCACGUAGAGUGGCUUUUUUUUCUUUGUGUGUGUGUGUGUGUGUGUGUGUGUGUGUGUGUGUGUGCUUCGUUUGGCUGUGUGGAGUCGUGCGCUGUCCCUUUCAGCACCGACAAACCGGAGGAACCGGAGAGGAGUGAGUGAGCGCGCGCUGCCGUGGAGAAGGCACGAGUGGACUUCCACCUUUUUUAAAAGAGGGAUUUAUGCGCAAAGUGCGUAAAAGCUCGGAGAGGACUAUGGAUAGGAACCAGGCUCUGCUGAAGAUGUGACUUGUGGAUUACAGGCUUCGAACUCUAGAUUUUCGACCACAUCGCCACCACGUUUCUACGCCACUGCUCCCCUUCAUCGCGCUGCCUAUUCUGGAAUAUGAUUCGCUCAUGGGGCUCGGCUAGCUCCACCCCUGGGGUCCUUCACCCCUCCCUGUUUUGACCAAUAGGAAGGCGCUCCCUUUAAAUAUUCCUAAGAAUCCUCAGUUUUGGAAUACCCAUCUGAAAGCCCUCUCUAAGAUCAACUUGGCUCUUGUUUGGUUAUCAUUCAUUGAUCAUGGAACCGCAGUGGAGCCCGACUUCCUACCCGCAGUCUCCCUCUGUCGUCUUCCUGCUCAUGGCUACUUCCUGCACUUGGUUCCUUCCUGUCACCUCCCCUCAGAGGAUCCCAACAGACCCACAGGCGGCGCCUGAGUAUGCCCACUCCAUCCGACUGGAUGGGGACAUCAUCCUCGGCGGAUUAUUUCCCGUUCACUCGCGUGGGGAUCGUGGCACGCCCUGCGGGGAGCUGAAGAAGGAAAAGGGCAUCCAUCGUUUGGAGGCCAUGAUGUUCGCCAUCGACCUGAUCAACAAGGACCCAGAGCUGCUGCCAAACAUCACUCUGGGGGCCCGGAUCUUGGAUACCUGCUCCAGGGACACGUAUGCUCUGGAGCAGUCCCUGACUUUUGUGCAAGCUUUGAUAGAGAGGGACGGCUCCGACGUCCGCUGCGCUAAUGGAGACCCUCCAAUCUUCACCAAGCCGGAUAAAAUCAUAGGGGUGAUUGGAGCAGCGGCCAGCUCCGUGUCCAUUAUGGUGGCCAACAUCUUACGUCUGUUUAAGAUCCCCCAGAUCAGCUACGCCUCCACGGCCCCAGAACUGAGUGACAACACCCGCUACGACUUCUUCUCCCGCGUGGUACCACCGGACUCCUACCAGGCCCAGGCCAUGAUGGACAUUGUCACAGCGAUGGAGUGGAACUACGUGUCAACGCUAGCCUCAGAGGGCAACUACGGAGAGAGCGGCGUGGAGGCCUUCAUCCAGAUCUCCAGAGAAACUGGUGGUGUGUGUAUUGCACAGUCCUUGAAGAUCCCACGUGAGCCCAGGCCAGGGGAGUUUGACAAGAUCAUCAGACGCCUGCUGGAGACCUCCAAUGCCAGGGCCGUCAUCAUGUUCGCUAAUGAGGAUGACAUACGACGGGUACUGGACGCAGCUAAAAGGAACAACCAGACAGGUCACUUCCUGUGGGUAGGUUCAGACAGCUGGGGGUCCAAAAUCUCUCCCGUGAUUGGCCAGGAGAGAGUGGCCGGAGGAGCCAUCACAAUUCUUCCCAAACGAGCAUCUGUGGAUGCGUUUGAUCGGUAUUUCCGUAGCCGCUCGCUGUCCAACAACAGAAGAAAUGUUUGGUUCGCCGAGUUCUGGGAAGAAAACUUCAACUGUAAGCUGGGGAUGCACGGUAAACGGCCUGGCAGCCUGAAGAAAUGCACAGGUUUAGAAAAAGUUGGUCGCGAUUCCAGUUACGAACAAGAGGGGAAGGUUCAGUUUGUGAUGGAUGCGGUGUACGCCAUGGCCCACGCCCUGCACCGCAUGCACCGGGAGCUCUGCUACGGAUACCCUGGCCUCUGCCCGCGCAUGGCCAACAUCGACGGCAAAGAGCUGCUCAGCCACAUUCGUGCAGUCAACUUCAAUGGAAGUGCCGGUACACCUGUGGUUUUCAAUGAGAACGGAGACGCUCCAGGAAGAUACGAUAUCUUCCAGUACCAGAUCACCAACAGGUCUACUGCGGAGUACAGAGUCAUUGGAUCCUGGACCAAUAAACUGCACCUCAAAGUCGAGGCCAUGCGUUGGAAGACAGGUGACCCAUCCCUCCCACCCUCUGUGUGCAGCAUCCCGUGCCGUGCGGGCGAAAGGAAGAAAGUGGUCAAAGGUGUGCCGUGUUGCUGGCACUGUGAGCGCUGUGAGGGAUACCACUAUCAGGCAUCUGAAUUCACCUGUGAGCUGUGUCCGUACGAGAUGCGACCUGAUGCCAACCGCACCGGCUGCGUUCCCAUCCCCAUCAUCAAGCUGGAGUGGCACUCCCCCUGGGCCGUCGUCCCCGUCUUUAUCUCCAUGCUGGGGAUCAUCGCCACCUCUUUCGUCAUCGUCACUUUUGUCCGGUACAAUGACACGCCCAUCGUCCGAGCGUCGGGACGGGAGAUGAGCUACGUGCUGCUGACGGGAAUCUUCCUGUGCUACGCCAUAACGUUCCUUAUGAUCGCCACGCCGGAUGUGGGAGUGUGUUCGUUCAGAAGGAUUUUCUUGGGCUUGGGGAUGUGUUUCAGCUAUGCCGCGCUACUCACCAAGACCAACAGGAUACACCGCAUCUUUGAACAAGGGAAGAAGUCUGUAACUGCACCCAGGUUCAUCUCUCCGGCCUCCCAGCUUGUCAUCACCUUCUCACUCAUCUCCGUUCAGCUGCUUGGGGUCUUCGUCUGGUUCGCGGUGGACCCACCCCACACGGUCGUGGACUACGGCGAGCAGCGGACCCAGGAUCCCAUGGCGGCGCGCGGUGUCCUCAAGUGCGACAUCUCGGACCUCUCCCUGAUUUGCUCCCUGGGUUACUCCAUCCUGCUGAUGGUGACGUGCACAGUGUAUGCCAUCAAGACGCGAGGCGUGCCUGAGACCUUCAACGAGGCCAAGCCCAUUGGAUUUACCAUGUACACCACCUGCAUCAUCUGGCUGGCGUUCAUACCCAUCUUCUUCGGCACGUCACAGUCCGCCGAGAGGAUGUAUAUCCAAACCACCACCCUGACCAUCUCUCUCAGCCUGUCGGCCUCUGUGUCUCUGGGGAUGCUCUACAUGCCCAAGGUCUACAUCAUCCUCUUCCACCCUGAGCAGAACGUACCCAAACGAAAACGCAGCUUCAAGGCAAUCGUGACAGCUGCCACCAUGUCGGGGAAACUGACCCAGAAGGGAGGAGACCGACCCAACGGAGAGGUUAAGACCGAACUAUGUGAGAGCAUGGAGACCAACAAUUCCCUGGAAGUUGCUGAAAGCCCCUUGUGGAUAGUAUGUCUUUCAACACGUAUGGUGCAGACACGGACCAUACCGCAACCACAUAAAGAUUCCUGCACCCAGUGUGUUUUUGUGUUGCCUGGAGGAUCUUUUUGGAUUGCUGGUUGCCGUUGUCCAGGACUGCCUGCCCCUGCUCUCACCUCGCCCUUUUCCACGCAGCUCAACUUGUUACUCAGUUCUUGGUCAAUAAACUCUUGACCUUAACCCGCCUUGAGUGUUCUGUAUCCGCACCCCGGUCCACAGUCCUACCAGACCUAACAAUAACACUUUCUAAUAAUUUAAUUUACACAAUAGUUUGCUUCCCCUGUGGGGAUUUCUUCCACUUCUGUCCAACUGAUGCAAUGAGGCAUUGGUGACCUUUUAAACCCUGCUCUUACUCCUUCAAACCUUGUA